AUGUACAGAAAGGUCGCCUUCAGCCUGCUGGCUGCCGCCGCUGCCGUCUCGGCUUCGGACGUCACACAACUCAAGACAGACACUUUUGAUGAGUUCAUUGCAUCGAACGAUCUUGUCCUAGCAGAGUUCUUCGCACCAUGGUGCGGCCACUGCAAGGCUCUUGCGCCUGAGUACGAGGAGGCUGCCACAACGCUGAAGGAGAAAAACAUUCAGCUUGUCAAGGUUGAUUGCACAGAGGAGUCCGAGCUCUGCCAAACAUAUGGCGUUGAAGGAUACCCUACCCUCAAGGUCUUCCGCGGAAAGGAGAACAUCUCUCCCUACUCCGGUCAGCGCAAGGCUAAUGCUAUCACAUCCUACAUGAUCAAGCAGUCGCUCCCCGCCGUUUCCGAGGUAACCAAGGAGUCUCUCGACGACUUCAAGAGCACCGACAAGGUCGUCCUCGUCGCAUACCUAGAUGCUGCCGACAAGGAAUCUAGCGAGGUCUUCACCAAGACCGCAGAGAAGCUCCGCGACUCAUACCCCUUCGGCUCCAGCAGUGAUGCUGAGCUCGCCGAGGCUGAGGGCGUCAAGGCCCCUGCCAUCGUUCUCUACAAGACCUUUGACGAGGGCAAGUCGACCUUCACCGAGAAGUUCGACGCUGAGGCCAUUGAGAAGUUUGCCAAGACGGCCAGCACUCCCCUGGUUGGCGAGGUCGGUCCUGAGACCUACUCUGGAUACAUGUCUGCUGGUAUUCCCCUGGCCUACAUCUUUGCCGAGACUCCCGAGGAGCGCAAGGAGCUCGCCGAGACCCUCAAGCCUCUCGCUGAGGAGUACCGCGGCAAGAUCAACUUUGCCACUAUUGAUGCCAAGCAGUUUGGUGCACACGCUGGCAACCUGAACCUGCCUACCGACAAGUUCCCUUCGUUUGCCAUCCAGGAGACCGUCAAGAACCAGAAGUUCCCCUUCGACAUUGAGAAGAAGAUCGAGCUCGCCUCUGUCAAGUCGUUUGUCGAUGACUUUGCCGCUGGCAAGGUUGAGCCCAGCAUCAAGUCUGAGCCCAUCCCCGAGACUCAGGAGGGCCCCGUCACCGUCGUCGUUGCCAAGUCCUACAACGACAUUGUUCUUGACGACGAGAAGGAUGUCCUGAUUGAAUUCUACGCCCCCUGGUGCGGUCACUGCAAGGCUCUUGCUCCCAAGUACGAUGAUCUUGCCUCCCUCUACGCCAAGAGCGAAUUCAAGGACAAGGUUGUCAUUGCCAAGGUUGAUGCCACUACCAACGACGUCCCUGAUGAGAUCCAGGGCUUCCCUACCAUCAAGCUCUACCCCGCUGGUGCUAAGACCGAGCCCGUUACCUACAGCGGCUCCCGUACCGUUGAGGACCUGAUCAAGUUCGUCAAGGAGAACGGCAAGUACAAGGCCGAGGUUGAGGAGAAGGCCGUUGAGGAGACUCCCGUUGCCCCUGCUGCCUCCGAGAGCACCAGCAGCGAGGCUGCCAAGGAGACUACCCACGACGAGUUGUAA